CGUCGGCCCGGCAGCUGGUGGCGGAGGAGGAGAGCGCGAGGAGAGCUGCUCGCUCAUAACAGCGGGGUCCUAAGAGGCGCGCGAGCGAUGCGAGUGCUGGGCUGAGGGGGAGCAGAGCAUCGAGAGACCGAGCGAGGGGAGCAGGCCGCGCACGCACACCUUCCAGAGCCGUCUGAAGCCGCGCAGCAGCAUGUCGGUGUUGGCCCUGCAUGAGUAUGAGUUCGAGCGGCAGUUCAACGAGGAGGAAGCCAUCCGGUGGAUGCAGGAGAACUGGAAGAAGUCCUUUCUGUUCUCUGCUCUCUAUGCCGCCUGCAUCCUGGGGGGGCGCCAUGUCAUGAAACAAAGGGAGAAGUUUGAGCUGAGGAAACCGCUGGUGUUGUGGUCGCUCACCCUGGCAGUUUUCAGCAUCUUUGGUGCCAUACGGACCGGGAGCUACAUGAUGCUCAUCCUGAUGACCAAAGGGCUCAAACAGUCGGUUUGUGACCAGAGCUUCUACAACGGACCCGUCAGCAAGUUCUGGGCGUACGCCUUUGUUCUGAGUAAAGCGCCUGAGCUGGGUGACACGCUCUUCAUCGUUCUGAGGAAGCAGAAGCUCAUCUUCCUCCACUGGUACCACCACAUCACCGUGCUGCUCUACUCCUGGUACUCUUACAAAGACAUGGUGGCUGGCGGCGGAUGGUUCAUGACCAUGAACUACCUGGUGCACGCCGUCAUGUACUCGUACUACGCCCUGCGGGCCGCCGGAUUCAAGGUGUCACGCAAGUUUGCCAUGUUCAUCACGUUGACCCAGAUCACCCAGAUGCUUAUGGGCUGCGUGGUCAACUACCUGGUGUACUCGUGGAUGCAGCAGGGCCAGGAGUGUCCGUCCCACAUGCAGAACAUUGUGUGGUCCUCCCUCAUGUACCUCAGCUACUUUGUGCUCUUCGUCCAGUUCUUCUUUGAAGCCUAUGUGGGAAAGUCAAAGUCGUCCGCCGCCAGCGGCAGCAAGAAGAGCGAGUAGAAGCCGACCAAAGUCACAGCGGUCAGGCGGGUGCUUGAAAAUGGAAGACGAAAAUCAAAGACGAACAGGCUGUGGAGCCAGAGGAUGUGGGGGUUGGGGGGUGGGGGUUGUGCUUGAGCACAAUAACUAAUGUGCAGAUGUAAAAGAAAAAGAGGAAGUCACUGAGGAGGGGAAGGCAGCACCAUGAUCAAAGCCAUCAAAGCUUUGCCCCCCUCUCUGAUUCAACUUAGAUUUAGUUCUUUAUGAAACCUAACAUGUAAAAAGAAUGGGAUCAAAUCCUUCACAUCUGCCAGAAGCUACUUUAUUUAUUAAUUUCCAAAAUAGUAGGUACGUAUGAAGGUGGAUGUGUGACCUUUGACAGGUCCCGGUCUCUGCCUGUCUGCGCUUGUUUAGUUUGGGCGGGAGCAGUUUGGGUGGAUGUGAGCUGACGGGCGGGUGGCAGGGCAGGGUGUGAUUUUUCUCAGGCUAUUUGUAUCAAUAACAUGCAUAUCAAGACAAAGUAGACUUGUCUAACAUCUGAGCUUAUCGGAGGUGUGAGCGACGGAAUGAAGUCGGGCGGACGGACUGACGGACGAGCGCGCUGCGCCUGAGUGUGACGGAAACACGCCGCCCAGCUUGUCUUGACCGCAUUCGAGGUACGAGCUGCCACUGGUUCCCAAACUCUUCUGUGUCUUAAAGGGAAAACAGGUCGUCGGGCCCUGAAGGAUUAAAUGAAGGACAAAUAUUUUUAUGUUUAGCAAAGGAGAAUAAAAAUCAAACAAAAAAAUUGUCAAAAUCUGCUGUAUUGAGAAAAAUCGGAUGUACCUGUAAUGGUGUCUUGUGCUUUUUGUGCAUUUCUACUGUAUCAAUGUCAGAAAACAACAGAGAACCUGGGUGUAUGCAGACGAGCAGAGAUGUGACAUGCCUGUGGUGUUCUUCUGCUGCCAUCCUGUCAUUACAAUGCAUAAUCGGUCUCUUGGUGCUGAAGGUCAAAAACACAAAUAAAUGGUGUACAGCCAUGCUGGCAGUGUUUGGAGUGA